AUGUCAGCCAACUUUCAACCAAUAUGCACAAUUUCUUACCAUAUAAAACAAACUUGUUUCCAAGCUCCAUUUUGGCCUAAGUUUUCCAUGCUUCUCUAUGAUGAUAUCCUUGUGAGCAACAACCAUCAUUAUCACAUGAAAAGAAAAGAUGAACGGAUGGGACCACAUGAUUAUUGGCAAGAGACUACCAAACAAAUUUGGCAGAAUCAGAGGGAUAUUUGUGCUAAUGGAUUGAUUCCCUCGCCUCACCAAAUGGUCACACGAUUUUGCACUCUCAAUCCCAUAAAAUCAGCAUAUUUUACACCACUCUCGAACCAACUCAAAAGCUCCCAAUCUCUAUCCAAAAUAUCUCAGCAUAUUCUCCUUGAUUCCAUUCCAUUCUAA